AAUGCAAUCCCUUCGGCUUUUGAAUGAAUUAAAGAGUUAUUGUGAAUCUUCUAUUUCUGAUAAGCCUCAAAAUGAAAAAGGUUUUCCAAUUGCUGUAAAAAUAUUUCCACGUUAUGAAAAUAAAAAAGAAGAAACAAAUCAGAAUAUUAAAGAAGAAGAAGAAAAGGAAAAUUUAAAUUUAAAAAUAAAUUCUGAUUUUGAAUUAAAAACAAAAGAAAAUAAAAAUUCUGAAAAAUCAGAAGAAGAAGAUGAAAUUUUAACAGAAGAAGAAUUUCAACGUUUAAAAAGACGACAACUUUUCCCGACAGAAAUAAUUAACGAAAUUUUAAAUUUUUUAACUUUUAAUGAAUGUGCAAGAAUUUAUACAAGUAAUGGAUUAAUUUGUGGGUUAUUAGAAAGUAGAAGAAAAGUUUGUAUGGAAGUUGAAGUAGGCCAACGAAGGGAACAUAUUAACCAAUUAACUGAUCAUAUUGGGGUAAUAAAUGCUCGGUUAGAAGAUAUGGGAAGUCAUUUAAAAGAGUUGGAUGCUCAAAUUUUGGAUAAUCAUCAAAAGUUGAAUGAUUUACAUAAAAGAAUUGAAAAAAUGCAAGUACCUUCUAUUCAACAAUUAAAUAAAGAAAUAGAGGAAGACGAAAAUAAUGAAUAUUAA